AGAAAGCAGCUUGGAAAACUCUUUGGACGCCCAUGCGCGUGUGGGCCUGGCUGCAUCCUGAAGGAUUCUUUGUGAAAAACCACGGGGAAAAUUCCAACUUGGGAGCAAGAAGCUGGAAAAUGAGGAUUUUCUUGGUUUGGACCCUUUUCCUCGUGAGAGCCACAAGCACAGGUGGCCAGGCAGUGACAGGCCCCAAGCAGGUGACAGUUGAGCAGGGCAGCUCACUGGCAGUGUCCUGCAGCUACAAGCCGCGCUACAAGCUCAACUCCAAGUACUGGUGCCGCAAAAACUUCCUCCGGUUCUGUUUGACCUACAUCCAAACCGAUGGCUCAGAGGUGACAGUGACGGGGGACAGGGUGUCCAUCAGGGACAAUCACACAGCACACGCAUUCACGGUGACACUGAGCAGUGUCACACUGGAGGAUGCAGGCCGGUACUCCUGCGGGGUGAAGAGGAAACUGGGGAUCAACCGGUGGCACAGCACCAAGGUGAUGGUCUCUGCAGCUGUUUCAAACACAACUGAGGACAGCAAUGCGAGCCCAGUGACAACCAACCCUCUGUGGCCCAGGGACUGUGGGGAGCUUCCAGUGCUGUCCCAGCUCAGUGUCAUCCACUUGCUGCUGCUGCUCCUCAGCAUCAAGGUGCCCACGGCACUGGCCGUAGCUUGUGGGGCAGCCUGGAUGAGGAGCCGGUGUGGGAGCCGUGGCCAGGAAAACCCGCAGCUCUUGGAGGUGUGUGGCAGCACCAGGGCACGGGGCUGCCCACCCGUCGCAACCACCUCGGAGCCCCAGGGAUGCCCUCGUGCGCCCCCGGGCCCCGCCCUGCUGGGGCCGUGCCACCCGUCACAGCCGGCCCGUGCCGGGAGGUGCUCGGCUCCGGGUGCUCCUGCCCUUGGAAAGCCUCGGCCCCUCCUGGCAGCCCCUGCGCUGGAGAGGGAAGGGUUUGGGGUGCAGAGAGCCUGUGUCUCUUGAGCUGCGGCUGCCAGCUGAAGACAAUUUUGCAAUGAAGGCUGGGUAUCCUGCA